UUCAGAUAUAAAUUUCUGCAAUGCAUCUUUGGCCAGAUGCACUCCAGACAUCAGCAGCUCUCUGGCACGUUCACAUGUCACUCCUAAAUGUUGGACAAAUCCUUUAACACUGGCCUGGAGGACAGGUUUGCAUUUUUGGCUGAGUGGUAUGAUCCAACGGCUGGUCUCCUGCGAAAGUACCAACUGCUCUUCUAUCCCAGAGACAGCUCAGUGGAAAUGUAUGAUGUGAAAAACCAGAGAGUGUUUUUGAGAAGGACUAAAUAUGAGGACUUGCACAUGGAGAACCUUUUUGUGGGAAAUAAAGUCAACGUCUUUUCAAGACAGCUCAAUCUGAUCGACUACGGAGAUCAGUUUACAGCAAACAAACUCGGGAGCAAAAAAGAAAGAACACUGGCUCUGAUAAAACCAGACUCUGUGACUUGGAUCGGAGAUGUCCUUGAAACCAUCUACAGGUCCAAUCUGAUUGUGACCAAAGCCAAGAUGGUGAAGCUAACAUGGAGCCAAGCAUCCGACUUUUACAUGGAACACCAGUCCAAACCUUCCUUUAAUAACCUGGUGCAGUUCCUAUCCUCUGGCCCUGUGGUGGCCCUGGAGCUGAUGGGGGAUGAAGCGGUGUCUGUUUGGAGGAGGCUCCUGGGCCCCACAGACUCGGCCUUGGCCCGCAAAGAAGAACCCCAGUGUGUGCGUGCUCUGUACGGGACAGAUGCCAUCAAGAACGUGGGCCAUGGCUCAGACUCAUUUGCUACAGCAGCCAGGGAACUAGAGUUUUUCUUCCCAUCUACAAUCGGCCAUGGCCCCCAGAACACAGCCAUCCUAACAGACUGUACAUGCUGCAUCAUCAAACCACAUGCCAUUUCUGAAGGUCUCGCGGGGAAGAUCCUCAACUCCAUAGCAUCAGCGGGAUUUGAAAUCUCUGCACUUGAAAUGUUCAAUGUAAAGCAGGCAAACGCAGAGGAAUUUCUGGAAGUUUACAAAGGAGUCGUUCAAGAGUACACAAGUAUGGUGACAGAGCUGUGUUCUGGGCCCUGUUUAGUUUUAGAGAUCCAUGGCACCAAUGCUCCACAGGUGUUUAGAGAGUACUGUGGGCCUGCUGAUCCUGAAAUUGCUCGGCAUCUCCGUCCUACAACGCUACGGGCACUGUACGGCAAAGACAAAGUGAAAAACGCAGUACACUGUACGGACCUGCCUGAAGAUGGUGUGUUAGAGGUGCAGUAUUUCUUCAAAAUUCUGGAUGGAUGAGAAGAAUCUGGACUGGCCAAAGAAUUCACAGUUGUCGUAUUUUUCGUUUUAUUGUUUCAGCCUUAUGCAGAUUAAAUAAACAGGUGUUUGAUCUUCAA